AACUACCUCUUCAAUCUUCAUACUCACACCCCCAUCAUCCUCAUCAUCAUCUGGGUUGAUGGAGGGUAUAAUAAAUUUAUCAAAUUUGCAGUUUUAAUAAUAAAGUUUUGUUUUUUAACAUCAAGAUUAAUCUCCAAGAAAAUGGUGAUCAUAACCCAAGAUAUGAUCCAGCAGUUCCAGAAUCUAAUGGAAGCAUCUGAUGAGCCACUCAAGAUCACAUUUGAGAACUUGCAUCAAGGAUAUCCAACCGAGACUAUGAUCCGGUUUCUUAAAGCGCGAGACGGAAACAUCUCCAAAGCACAUAGCAUGCUUGUUGAUUGUCUAAAAUGGAGAACUGAAAACGAGAUCGACAAAAUAUUAUCGAAACCUAUAAUUCCUGCAGAGUUUUAUAGAUCGGUGAGGGACUCGCAGCUUAUCGGGAUGUCGGGUUACACAAAAGAUGGGCGACCGGUUAUUGCUGUUGGUGUCGGGCUCAGCACAUAUGACAAAGCAUCUAUUCAUUACUAUGUUCAAUCGCACAUCCAGAUAAAUGAAUACAGAGACCGUGUAAUAUUGCCAUCUGCAACAAAAAAGUUCGAGCGACACAUAAGCACAUGUGUCAAAGUUCUUGAUAUGACUGGACUCAAACUAUCGCAUCUCAAUCAAAUCAAGUUAUUGACAGUUAUAUCUAGCAUUGAUGACUUGAACUACCCAGAGAAAACCGACACUUAUUAUAUUGUCAACGCCCCGUAUGUUUUUUCAGCAUGUUGGAAGGUUGUGAAACCUCUACUGCAAGAAAGAACAAGAAAAAAGGUUCAGGUGCUUUCAGGCUGCGGUAAAGAUGACUUGUUGAAGAUAAUGGAUUACGAAUCUCUACCGCAUUUUUGUAGAAGACAAGGGUCCGGAUCAUCACGUUAUUCUAGAAACUCAACGGAUGAAGAUUGCUGUUUCUCACUGGACCACGGGUUUCACCGGCAGCUCUACAAUUACAUAAAUCAGCAAGCUGCAGGCAUUAAGCCUCGAGCCCCGCUCAAACAAGCAUCAUUUCAUGUGGGUUUCCCUGAACCCAACCCUACCGGCUGUAAAAUCGUCCAAACUAUAGAGACCGAGUUCCAUAAACUGGAGAACCAGAAUCAGUUUACUGGUGAACAAAAUGAAGUCAAGACCAAUGGAUAUGAACAUCAAAAGGAAACGAAUGCGUAGAAGCUGAUGCGCGCCUUACAUAUACGAUAACUAUUCAGAUAUUUUGUAAGUUUGAUUUAUAGUACUAUAAACCUGUCGCGUUCGAAACAGGAAAAUAGUCUUUUUGAUAUCAAAAGUAUUGAACAAUGCACAAUAAAGUAUCAACAUUUACCAUCUCCAUUGCUUA